GACUGAAGAGAACGUGGAGACCAUGUGCAUUCUUGUGUUUUAUUAUGGGAGAGUGAAUUGGUGCCUUUUGGAUCACAAAACUCCCUCCACUGCCCAGCAUUGUGAGAAUAUCCUACUGGACAUCGUUAGCCCAGGAAAAGACCAAAUUCAAAACUCAAGGAACAAAGGGAAUGUGGAAAUGAAAGAGAGAGGGAGAGAGAGGCUGGCAGAUGUAAUGAGACGCGGUGAAGGUGUACGCAGACUGGCACUCCCACUCCUCCCUUCUGCUCUCCCUGCAGCCCUGGGUGACUCGCAGGCUAACACAAACAGCUUUGCUCCUGCAGCCUGCCCUCUGUCACUGUCAAUUUCAUGAAUUCAAAGGCAAAUUACCAGUGAUUUCUGGGUGCUGGGGCUGACGUUUUUGUGUGUGUAAUUGAAAGAAACUGCAAACAUUUUUAUAUGCUUCCAUCUCAGGAUGCUGCAAUCAGUGUGUCCAGCAAAAUAGAUGAAAAGAGUGUAGAUGUUGGUCCAAUUGGAGAAGAGAAUUCCUGUGGCAUCAUCUGUCAGGCAGAAGCCUGAGGUGACUGGAGAAUGUCUUCCAAGCAAGCCACCUCUCCAUUUGCCUGUGCAGCUGAUGGAGAGGAAGCGAUGACCCAGGAUUUGACCUCAAGGGAAAAGGAAGAGGGUAGUGAUCAACAUGUGGCUCCCCAUCUGCCUCUGCACCCCAUAAUGCACAACAAACCUCACUCUGAGGAGCUACCAACACUUGUCAGUACCAUUCAACAAGAUGCUGACUGGGACAGCGUUCUGUCAUCUCAGCAAAGGAUGGAGUCAGAGAAUAAUAAGUUAUGUUCCCUAUAUUCCCUCCGAAAUACCUCUACCUCACCACAUAAGCCUGACGAAGGGAGUCGGGACCGCGAGAUAAUGACCAGUGUUACUUUUGGAACUCCCGAGCGCCGCAAAGGGAGCCUUGCUGAUGUGGUGGACACACUGAAACAGAAGAAGCUCGAGGAAAUGACUCGGACUGAACAAGAGGAUUCCUCCUGCAUGGAAAAACUACUUUCAAAAGAUUGGAAGGAAAAAAUGGAAAGAUUAAAUACCAGUGAACUUCUUGGAGAAAUUAAAGGUACACCUGAGAGCCUGGCUGAAAAAGAACGGCAGCUCUCCACCAUGAUCACCCAGCUCAUCAGUUUACGGGAGCAGCUCCUGGCAGCACAUGACGAACAGAAAAAACUGGCAGCCUCACAAAUUGAGAAACAACGGCAACAAAUGGAUCUUGCUCGCCAACAGCAAGAACAGAUUGCAAGACAACAGCAGCAACUUCUGCAACAGCAGCACAAAAUCAAUCUCCUGCAGCAACAGAUCCAGCAGGUUCAGGGUCACAUGCCUCCGCUCAUGAUCCCAAUUUUUCCACAUGACCAGCGGACCCUGGCAGCAGCUGCCGCUGCCCAACAGGGAUUCCUCUUUCCCCCUGGGAUAACGUACAAACCAGGUGAUAACUACCCCGUACAGUUCAUUCCAUCAACAAUGGCAGCUGCUGCUGCUUCUGGACUCAGCCCUUUACAGCUCCAGAAGGGUCAUGUCUCCCACCCACAAAUUAACCCAAGGCUAAAGGGCCUAAGUGACCGUUUUGGCAGGAAUUUGGACACCUUUGAACAUGGUGGUGGCCACUCUUACAACCACAAACAAAUUGAGCAGCUCUAUGCAGCUCAGCUGGCCAGCAUGCAGGUGUCACCUGGAGCAAAGAUGCCGUCAACUCCACAGCCACCAAACACAGCAGGGGCAGUGUCACCUACUGGGAUAAAAAAUGAAAAGAGAGGGACCAGCCCUGUAACUCAAGUUAAGGAUGAAGCUGCAGCGCAGCCGCUGAAUCUCUCAUCCCGACCCAAGACAGCUGAGCCCGUGAAGUCCCCAACAUCUCCCACCCAGAGCCUCUUCCCAGCCAGCAAAACCAGCCCUGUCAAUCUGCCAAACAAAAGCAGCAUCCCCAGUCCCAUUGGAGGAAGCUUGGGAAGAGGAUCCUCUUUAGAUAUUCUGUCCAGUCUCAACUCCCCUGCCCUGUUUGGGGAUCAGGACACAGUGAUGAAAGCCAUUCAGGAAGCUCGGAAGAUGCGAGAACAGAUCCAGCGCGAGCAACAGCAACAGCAGCCACAUGGUGUUGAUGGGAAACUGUCCUCCAUGAAUAAUACGGGGCUGAACAACUGCAGGAGUGAAAAGGAAAGAACACGCUUUGAAAAUUUGGGGCCCCAGUUGACAGGAAAGUCAAGUGAAGAUGGAAAGCUGGGCCCAGGUGUCAUCGACCUUACUCGGCCAGAAGAUGCAGAGGGAAGUAAAGCAAUGAAUGGCUCUGCAGCUAAACUACAGCAGUAUUAUUGUUGGCCAACAGGAGGUGCCACUGUGGCCGAAGCCCGAGUCUACAGGGAUGCCCGCGGCCGUGCCAGCAGCGAGCCACACAUCAAGCGACCAAUGAAUGCAUUCAUGGUUUGGGCGAAGGAUGAGAGGAGGAAAAUCCUUCAGGCCUUCCCUGACAUGCAUAACUCCAACAUUAGCAAAAUCUUAGGAUCUCGCUGGAAAUCCAUGUCCAACCAGGAAAAACAACCUUAUUAUGAAGAGCAGGCCCGGCUAAGCAAGAUCCACUUGGAGAAGUACCCAAACUAUAAAUACAAACCCCGACCGAAACGCACCUGCAUUGUUGAUGGCAAAAAGCUCCGGAUAGGGGAGUAUAAGCAACUGAUGCGGUCUCGGAGACAAGAGAUGAGGCAGUUCUUUACUGUGGGGCAGCAGCCUCAGAUUCCCAUCACCACAGGAACAGGUGUUGUGUAUCCUGGUGCUAUUACUAUGGCAACUACCACCCCGUCACCUCAGAUGACAUCUGACUGCUCUAGCACCUCCGCCAGCCCAGAGCCCAGCCUCCCGGUCAUCCAGAGCACUUACGGCGUGAAGACAGACAGCGGGAGCCUAGCUGGGAAUGAGAUGCUGAAUGGAGAAGAUGAAAUGGAAAUAUAUGAUGACUAUGAGGACGAUCCCAAAUCAGACUAUAGCAGUGAAAAUGAAGCCGCCGAGGCUGCCAGUGCCAACUGAGGAGUUUCUGUUUGCAGAAUUUAAAAACUCUGACAUUUCACCCCUUUCCCCACAACAAGAAGUUCUUAAAAAGAGCCCGCAUGCAUUUGUGGCUCCACGAUUACAUCAGCAGAAUGGUCUUAAUUGUUUCCUCAAGUGUGAGAACAGAUUAAGUUUUCCCUGAUUUUUCAUGAACUUGAGUUUUUGUCGUUAUUGUUAUUGUUGUUGUUGUUGUUGUUUUCAUUUAGAUGAAGACAUAUUAAAUAUGAGACACCAGGACUUGAAAACUUAUCUCAACCCAUAGCUGUUUUACAAGUCUUAUAUUUUUGUCUUACCUUUUUUUUUUUUUUCCUUUUGGAUGUUGAUAAAGGUUUAAGUUACUGUUUUAGAUGGGGUUAAACAUUCUCACUCAGGUAUGCUGUGCCGGCCUACAGGUUGUGAAUGUGUUUUUAUUCUGAAUUAUUUUAGAAAACAACUGAGGGUUUCACAUUGUGACACAGGACGAGUCCACGGCGUGUGCAGCUGCAUGCAGAGCAUUUCAGAAGGCCUCAGAAUUCCUUUUUCCAUGUGUAGAGUUAAACUUUGAAUGUGCCAAACUUCUUCCUAACUUUUGACUCUGAAUCUUUUGAAAGUCUUAAAGGAGACACUGCAAAGUCUUAGACAAUCUUUGGCAUCUAAAAGUGAAAUAGCAAACCACACACAUUUUUUUUUUCCAAAAAAUGGUGAAGUACUCAGGAAUCUGGAGAAGAGAUGUUGUAAGGGAUGAGCAAGGUUGCCACAGUGCAUGUACCCAAUUGUGUUUGCCUCUUGAUGUGCCAUCAGGGCGUGACGUGGUAUGACCUACACCCACCGGAGUGAUCGCCACACAGGACAUCGACAUGGUGGUCUCUACGUGAGACCACCUCUCACUACAUCCAUUAUCCCUUUACCUUUAACCCUGACAUUCAGUCUUAACACAUUUUCUCUCUUAAAUAAUUUAUUCAUUCCAGAAUGUCAAGGGUCCAUUUACUAUUUAUUUUUUUAAAAAAAAUGUUGGUGGCAUUAAUUUAAUAAUUCUUGUUUUUCAUCCUCCUUCCCCCGAAGAAUUUUUCAGCCAUUUUCACCUCCCUCUCUUGCUAGAUACAAAAGGUGUGCAUAGUGAUUUUAUGUCCCCAGCGCAUCUGGAAGCAUUUCUGAAACAAGAUACUAUCAAAAGCCCACAUGAUUGUUUUAGACAUGGAUGACUAUCUGGCUGCAGGGCUCUGUAUUUGGAUAUGAGUAUCUAGUCUUAGACACGUGUGUCCCUGAGGUUCACUGUGACCCUUAAUCUUUGGCUAGAACUGCCCCCCCAAUUCAGCUCUACAACGAAUGUAGACUCUGCGUCCGUUACAUUGCCCCCAAGUUCUGUUCAGCAGCAAGGCUCAACAGUGAUGACAGGCAGGCAAGAUUCCUGCAGCUGAACCUGAAGUCCAAGGCUUGCAGGCCACGCAGGAGCCUACAGGGAAGCUAUCACAGGCUGGCCCUUGUACAUUGAGUUGCCUUCUCCCAGCUGACGCAUCCAGAGAGUUCUUUGCAAAAAUCCCCAGGAUGCAAGAAACCACAUGACAGCCUCCAAGUAAAAAUCAUGGCAAAUAGUCAUGUUACAAUCAGGAAACAGAAUCCUAGGGCAGGAGAAGGGGGAGAAGAACAUUCCCUUUCUAGGAUGGUUCUGUUAGUCACUCUGGGGAAUGGGUGGCUCCUGGAGCAGCAGACACUGGUUGGCUUCCUGUAUCUGUGGCUGCACUGGGGCAUGCUCACAUGUAAAUAAGGUGAACCACACUUGGGCUGGCAGGCAGCAGGAUUUCAUUCCCUCUCAGUGACAGGAAGUUCUGCUAUGCCAUCUUCCUGAAACCCAGCCUUCUGCCUGCAGGGGGCUCUCCAGUGGCACAGUGCCAAUGAAUGGGACAGUGCACCUCAUGGGACAACGGAGCAUCUGAUCACCAGACAUAGGAAGGGCCCCAUCAGAUUUCUUGAGCCAUUUUAUCACUUGGGAGAAAAUAGUCUUACUUUGUAUUUAUUUAAAGAGUGCUCAAGGCCAUACCUAAUAGCAAUAAAUAGGUCUAGCCAAGAUGGUACCAGCUAUGUCGAUAGCUGGGAGUGCUCUCUAUAAGCUGUUCAAGGUACUGAUAGGAAUGUUUUGUUCUUAAUAUUGGUUGGGAAUUGAAACUUUGUUUUUGUACAUUUUUUUUUCAAAUGAGGAGGAGGCCAUUUUUUUGAAAAAAAAUUGCCUAUUUAUUAUUGUCUUACUGAUCUCUUUGAUCAUAUACCUCUCCUCCUCAGCUCAUUCUAGUGUUUCUUCUCUCUGGCUUGUGCUCGCUCCCUCAUUUUUAUUUUGCUGCAUAGGUAGAGUGUGUAUGGCUAGCAUUGUAUUGUAUGUCAUUAAUUUUGCACAAAAGCGAACAUUUAGCAUAGUAGGUUAAUUUUGUUUGUUUUUAUGACCAUGCCAAAAUAAUAUUCUGGGCUGGUGGAGAACAAAGGACUGUUCUUUAGGACUGAAACUUGAUUUUGCUUGUAGUAGGAAAACAAACAAAAAAACAAAAACAAAAACACACACUCACAGAUGUUGUUUCGUAAGUGUUAUAAGCACUGGAUAUAAAUGGUAUUUUUUAUCACUUCUGACUAAUGUGAAGCUGUUGUACGAAAACUACAUGAACAAAAGUCCUCUGUUUCGACUCGUGUGGGCUUGCCUCACAGUUGCCGGAUUUGAGUCAUUUUUAUGUCUUGUUAUUUCAUUUAUUUAUGCAAAACACAUGUAUGUAUGAACACUUUGUUUUAGCUCCAGCUCUGCCUCAGUACCGGGGUUCAAUUACUUUUAGCCAUGUUCUCAAAAAAGAAAGAUGAUUCAGGAAUGAUCUGAUUGUAAAUGUCUCUUUCAUUGGAUUAAACAGUAAUGCUGUAUUUGGAUCUAAAUUUUGUGCAUAAUAAUUUUUGUGUAUUCUAUUUAUUAGCCAUGUUUGGCUCUAAAUAUCCAUAGAAAUUAAAAAUGACAAUCAUAGGGGUCACUUCGUUUUAUUUUUGGUGGGGCUUAAACAAAGUUUUUAUGACUUUACCAUCUCAUUUUAGAUUUUUCUAAUGGUGUAAAUAUAACAUAGAAAUAGAAUUUAUUUUUGGUUCUUGAAUACUUAGUGAGUUAUAAAUUAUGUAUUUCCUUUUUGUUCUCUGUUCAUAUAUGUUAGUCGGAACUAGAGCUGGCGAGUCAUCAGACAUCAGGGGAUAGUGAAUUACCAGCCGCAGCAGGGGAGCUGUUUGACCUGUACCUGGGACAACAAAACCCUUCCCUGGGGUUCUCCUGCAGUUUAGAACCCACUGUCCACAGAUUCUGACUUUCUCCUUUUCUGUAUAGAGAGCUGACAAGUUGGUGAGUUGAAGACAUUUCCAGCAUGGCUAGGAGAGAGUCCAUGUGCUUUGUGAAUCCACGUUAAUCUACAGUCGUUCUGUGACACUCUAAUAGCAAUAAGCGUGAAUGUCAUAAUAAAGGCAAGAAUCUGCCUCUGACUUCUGGGCCAUUAAUCAAAGCCCCACCCUGACAGGUAAAUUAAAAACAAAAAUAGUAGGCAGCCCUUUCCAGCGUCCCCUGUCUCAUUGUACCUUUGAAUCCAUUGUCAACAGUGCAUCCACUUUGUUCAAGCACUUAGAAGACCAGGGUUUUCUUUUUCACUUAGAAAAGGGACACUAGGAGACAAUCCUGUCCUUCAAAAGUGGGCCAUAUGGAAUAGAAAGGAAAGAAAGAAAAACAGAAAGGAAAGAAGAACUGGAGGAAGGAAGGAAGGAUGGAAAGGGAGAGAGAGAGAAGUGUUUGUCUGCAGCCACAAGCAGCUGGGCCGACAAUGUCUUCGUCCCCUUGGCUGACGCCCUGAGUAGUAUCUUUGCCAGGGAGGCUCGGCAGCUUUGUUCUUUGCGCAUGGUCCUAUGCAGCUCAGCAGUGUGGGAGCACACAUCAGUUUGCUUUGUUUGGUAUUUGAUACUCUCCGGCCUCGUCCUCAGGCCCGACUCCCAGGCCAAGUUCUAAAUUCAGGUGUGGGCUCACUGUGCAAUUGAGCUUGUCAAAUACCGGCCUCCCUGAACAUUAGCCCCUCGGGAGCCCGGGCUGUUUGAACAGGGUGUGAUCUGUUGAGCACCGAAGUUAAAGGCUGCUUUCUUUGGGAAGCCAGGCUGCUGCUUCCAAACACAGGCACAGGCUGAAAGCAGGGAUUGUUUGGGGGAAGCCCAUCUCCCCACAGGAUGAAGGCAGCCCGGGUCCCCGUUGCCACAGCUGCAGUGGCUUCUCUCAGUCUGCUCAUUUUGCAGAGUGGACUUCUACCAACUUCUUAGGGAAAGGCACAACAAUCACUUGGUAGUCUUACACAAUGUGAGAAGUCCUUCCUGUACCAAGUGCCAACAGCUGCAAAGAAAUGCAGCUAGAGGAAUGUAUUGAAAUUAUUCCUGGGUCUUCCUUUUCGUGAGAAAAUGACAACAUGUGGUUGCUAUAGUCUUGCCUGGUUUUGUACAUGUUUAUGUAAGAAUCAAGUUGGCACUUCAGCUCACUUCUCUAAUAAUAAUAAUAAUAAUAAUAAUAAUAAGUAUGACCUCAUCUGUCCUUUGACAAAAGCACUUGCAUCCUUUCCUUAGGUCAUGUUUUCUUCCUUAAUAAACAGCUUGUAUGUGUUAUUGCUGCCGGUCAUGUUCUGUGUCUGAUGCCAUAUCCUAUUGAGUGUGCUCCUGAGCGAAUAUCCUCGGAAAUCCCAAUAUGCAAAAUGCAUUUCCUGUUCAAUCCUCAUCCUGCCUUUUCCUUUGGAGAGAGAUUGCUAUCCCAAAGCUCCAGCACUAGGCAUUUGGAAUGCUGUUGCCUUUGGGGCAAAGGUACGGGAUGUGGUAGGUGAGGCUUAGCACAGACACCCUUCCCAUCAAGGUCUGUGGCAAUAGGAAAGCCUGAAGGCAUCUCCAUGACAUAUCUUGCUCAGUCGUUUCUUCGUGAAGAAUCAGAAGCAUCAAGCUAGGCCUAAGUGCUGGUGCUCUUGGAGUCGGGGGAUGUGCAAAUAUUGAACUGUUUUGUACGCCGCACGUUGCAGGUCUGCCCCUGUGCAUUCUCCGUUUGUCUUCCUUUGUCAUAUGUGUUUUUGCUUUAUUUUUUGGAAAGUGCAGUCUUAUUGUUCCCUUCUCCGCUUGCAGCAAAUUAGAAUGCUUAGCAUUUCUGUUCAUUCAUUAUUGUAUUUGUCAUGUAAAAUUUUUAUUACCUUAGACAAGCUUAUAAGCUGUUACUACAUAACUUAUCUUACUGUAACUCUUUUUAUUUCCUGACAUUGUAAUUUGUUUGUGAUGUAUAUUGUGAGAUUGUAUUCUAUGUUAAUUUAAUCAGCACAAUUCACUGACAUGCUGGACUGACAUGCUGGCUGCUGUUUCGAAGUGUAAAGUUUGAGGAGGGCUGUUGGGACAACUGCUGCUCUGUUGUCCAGGUACUCUGCUUUGGCUCCCAUAGCAACACUAUGGGUGUGAGCCUUGGGAAGCCAAGGGCAUUGAAUACACCCUCGAGCAAAUUUUAACUGCAGAUUUUCUUUGUAGAAAUUCUCUGUAUAACGCAGGUACCUACUUGGCCCAUGGCUGGUAACUAUUUGGGCAAUUAGAAAACAAACAAAAAACCAUAAUAACUAGUGUCUAUUGCUGCUUUGAAUAUGUUUGAAAGUCUGAAAAUGUAAAUAGUUUAUCAAAAAAAAAAAAACCUUGUACAGUCCAGUGUAAAGUUUUUAAAUGACCUUAAGCGUUGCCAUCACAUCUUUCUCACUCUCCUCUUGAUAAUGAAAAAAAAAAAAGUUUGCUAAGGAUUCAAGAAAUGGAAACAAAAAAUCCGCAAAUUUAAAGGAAUGAAUCAUUGUUCUUAGCUGUGUGACAUACACAAACUGCUUGGAUUUCGUUGUGCAGUAUUGACGUGAGCUAAAACUCAACAUUGGAUCAUCUCUCAGUGGUACUUCUCAGAGUCUUCCCCUCCUUUGCCUCAUAAGUAAGGGAAAAGACAAAAGUGAAAGACAAACCGUCUUGGCCUGGUACAUGUUGGCACCUUAGCUACUUUUUUUUUUCCUUUUUGCACAAGGUGCUUUCCUGAAAUGUUAAACAUGCUGUCCUUGGGUGAUAAUGUAUAUGCCACGAGGGGCAUCGGUCCCACAGGGGAGUGUCUAUAAGAACUGCCUAUUUAUGCUCAUUUACCUCAAGACUGUCCUCUCUACCCUAAUCUAGUUGUCAUCACUCCAUCUUUUGUACUGCUGUUGACACUUACAAAUUAAAGAUAAAUUUUGUUUUAUGA